GGCCUCUAACAAUGACCAGCUCCCGGCCGUUCUGCAGGAAGAGGCAGCCCAUGGACGAGGGCGAGCUCUGAAGCCGUCCCGGCCGCAGUCUCCCCGCCGGCUCCGGGGACCCCCCGGCGCAGCGCCAUGGAGACGGUGGGAAAGUUUGAGUUCAGCAGGAAGGACCUGAUCGGGCACGGAGCCUUCGCCGUCGUCUUCAAAGGCAGGCACAAAGAGAAACCUGAGCUGGAAGUAGCUGUGAAAUGCAUUAACAAGAAGAACCUUGCAAAAUCUCAAACUCUGCUGGGCAAGGAAAUUAAAAUACUUAAGGAAUUGAAACAUGAAAACAUCGUUGCCUUGUAUGACUUCCAGGAACUGGCAAACUCUGUCUACUUGGUUAUGGAGUACUGUAAUGGUGGUGACCUGGCAGACUAUCUUCACACUAUGCGGACACUUAGUGAAGACACCAUCAGGCUCUUUCUCCAGCAGAUAGCAGGUGCCAUGAAAAUGCUGCACAGCAAAGGCAUCAUCCAUCGGGACCUGAAACCACAGAAUAUCCUCCUUUCCUACACUGGAGGCAGGAAAUCAAAUCCCAACAACAUUCGCAUAAAGAUCGCUGACUUUGGGUUUGCCCGAUACCUGCAGAAUAAUAUGAUGGCAGCAACAUUGUGUGGUUCACCAAUGUACAUGGCACCAGAAGUCAUUAUGUCUCAACACUACGAUGCCAAAGCUGACCUCUGGAGUAUAGGAACCAUCAUUUAUCAGUGUCUAACAGGAAAGGCUCCUUUUCAGGCCAGCAGCCCACAGGACCUUCGCCUCUUCUAUGAGAAAAACAAGAUGCUGAUGCCGAACAUCCCCAGGGAGACAUCAAGCCACCUGAGGCAGCUGCUGUUGGGCCUUUUGCAGCGUAAUCAUAAGGACCGCAUGGACUUUGAUGAAUUUUUCCAUCACCCGUUCUUGGAUGCAAGUGCCUCUAUGAAAAAAUCUGCUUCCGUGCCAAUGCCUUCUUAUCCCAGUUCAGGCUCCGGUAGUUCCUCCAGCAGCUCUUCUACUUCCCACCUGGCAUCACCUCCUUCCCUUGGAGAGAUGCAGCAGCAGCUGCAGGAGAAGGCGCUGGCAUCCCCUACCCAAGAUUCCCCCGGCUUUCUGCAUGGAUCUAAGGACUCUGCUGGAAGCAGCAGUAAGAAUUCGUCCUGUGACACAGAUGACUUCGUUAUGGUCCCAGCACAGUUCUCAAGUGAUUUAACUGCUGAGGCUGCAGGAGGGAAACCAAUCCAAGACAGCCUGAUGUACAGUGGGAGUUCUCUGGUGACUUCAGCAGGCUUGGAAAGCCAGGGAAGGACACCGUCUCCUUCACCCCCGUACAGCAGUUCUCCUAGCCCAUCCAGCCGGCCAGGUCAGUGUUCUAGCAGCAAGUACGGACACUCCGUGCCCAUUCCAGUCCCAACACAAAUUCAUAACUACCGGCGGAUUGAGCAGAACCUGCAGUCUCCCAAUCAAUACACCUCUCCGCGGUCUGGUACGGUCCGGAGAUCUAGCAGUACAAGUCCUCUCGGCUUUCCUAAAACUGGUGCUUCCCCUCCUUAUCCUGGAGAGCAUGGAUCUGUGCCCAGCUCUAGAAAGCUCUCCUUUGGCGGUGCCAAGCCAUUUAUGCCAUCACCGCAAGUUGGAACAAUCCCAGAGCAGCCCAGCCAGACUGUUAUCCCGUCUUCUCUUGGAGCAGAAGUGAGAAGCCGGAUUCCUGUUGCGGGUUCCUCGACGCCGGAACACUCUGCUCGAGGGAUGGGCUCCCGGCUCCACAGUGCUCCCAACCUGUCAGAUUUGCAUUCCUGCAGGCAGAAGAUAACCAAGCAGCACUCUGACCCUCUUGUUGCUCACUUUGGUCAUACCCCAGUCAGCCAGCCUCUGCAGAUUCAUGGCUUGCAGCACUGCCGGCAGCUCAGAUCCUCACCGAAGCUGUCUGAGUUCAUGCAGAGAAGCCCUUUGCCAACUAUAAUGGGCUCCCCUACAAAGGCUGUGUCCCCAUUUGAGUUUCCCAAAACCCCAAGUUCCCAGAAUCUCCUCACCCUCUUGGCCCAUCAGGGGGUCAUGAUGACUCCGACACGGAACAAGACCUUGCCAGAUCUGAAGGAGAUGGGUCAUUUCCACUGCCAGCAAACUGGCUUGGGAUUGAGGCCUGUGGAAGAGAUCAAGGGCAGAUCUCUGAGCACAGGCAGGCUCACUGACCUGCUUUUGAAGGCCGCCUUUGGGGCACAGAUCUCAGAAGCUGGCAGCAACGACAGCCUGAACAAUGAGAAGCCAAUGGAAAUUGCAGCUCCCUCAGGUGCUUACGGAGGGACCCUGCACUCUGGUGCCCGGGCUGGGGGCUCUGCUAGCCCAUCCCCAGUGAUUUUUACUGUCGGAUCCCCUCCCAGUGGAAACCCCCCACAGACCACGAGGACCAGGAUGUUUUCAGUGGGGUCUUCCAGCUCUCUCAGUUCUGGAGGCUCAUUCACCGGCAGGCACUUGGCAGUGGGAACUGGUGGGGAUGCUGUGGAAGGCCCCUCAAGUCUCCGGUAUGCUUUUGCUGAUCCGAUCACCGCCAACCUGGAAGGUGCUGUUACAUUUGAGGCACCAGAGUUGCCUGAAGAGACACUCAUGGAGCAAGAGCACACUGACAUCCUGCGGAGCCUCCGCUUCACGCUGGCCUUUGUCCACUACGUGAUGGAAAUUGCCGCCCUUAAAGGCAGCUCCGGCGAGAUGAGCAGUUCAGUGACAUCUGAGUACCAGCUCCACGAGAGCGUGGUGGCCGACCAGAUCAGCCUCCUCAGCCGGGAGUGGAGCUAUGCAGAGCAGCUCGUGCUGUACCUGAAAGUAGCGGAGCUUCUGUCCUCGGGGCUGCAGAUGGCCAUAGAGCAGAUCAAAGCUGGCAAGCUGUGCCUCUCCUCCACCGUCAAGCAAGUUGUGAAGAAGCUGAAUGAGCUUUAUAAAUCCAGUGUAUCAUCCUGCCACUGCCUCAACAUGCGACUCCAGAGGUUCUUCUUGGACAAACAGAAACUCAUGGAUCGGAUCAACAGCAUCACUGCAGAGAAGCUCAUCUUCAGCUAUGCUGUGCAAAUGGUGCAGUCUGCAGCCCUGGAUGAGAUGUUCCACCACAGAGAGGACUGCGCACAGAGGUACCACAAGGCUCUGCUGCUGAUGGAGGGGCUCCUGAACAUCAUCACUGAACAGGGGGACAUAGAAAACAUCAAUAAAUGUAAACUGUGCAUCGAGCGCAGGCUGUCAGCUCUGCUGUCGGGGUUCUGUGCCUAAUUUCAGUGGUGGUGUUCUUCACGCACCUCGCCCCAGCUGAUCGCUUUGUUUCCAGUGGCCUGCUGCUGUGGUGGGAAACUAUUUUGGCAGUAGGAGACCUGGAGGAUGAACUGCUCAAUGUUUUGUAUUUUGACAUUUUGGGAAGUUGUUCCACAGACUCAGAUUCCUUUGUGGGGAUGUGUGACUGCAGCAAGCACAAAUACUUCCCUGCCCAAAGGCCUGGGCGAAGAUGUAGCCGAUGUAGAAAGGUUUCCCUCGUUGGCAGAGGGGAUGAAGGAUAGAAGUCUGCUUCUUCCCAGCACUUUGAAGGAUAAGACUGCUGCCUGUCCCUCUUGCUUAAGAACAGGGUAUUCCAGUGCUGUGUCCAUUGCAGGCAAUGGAUGUGCUGAAACUGCUGGCUUCAGUUAAUGUUGGAAGGUGUCAUUCAGAAAUCAAGGCCAGUUUGUGUACUUUCCCCUAUCCCAGCUGAGAGCCAGGCAUCUUCAAGCUUCCUGGCAACCCGAGGCUCCCCUCCUUUCUCUCCUUUCUCCCUUCUCAUACGUGUUUAUGCCUUGGAGUGCUUACUGACUGGCAGAGAGGAAGGAGCGGUCUCCCUUUUGCCUGCGCGUUGCUGAAGUAGCUCCCACCUCCUACAGACGUGCCGAGCGAGGCAGAGGACGCGCUGCUGCUGGGGAAGUUCGCAUCUCCCGCGGCUGCCGUGCGCGCUGCCUCUCUGCCUGGAUAGGCGAACGACGCGGGGAAAGAGACUCUGCGCAGGAAACAGGACGACAGAAAGUGUAACGCUCCUGUGUUUGUAAGAAGCCAAAAUGAAUCCGUUCCUCCCUUGGUCCCCAAGCUCAGCGGGAUCAACAGGAAAGACUCCUGGCUGUUCAGCUCGGCCUGUCAGUACAUAUCUACCAGGAAGAAGCACUAGUGCUGUCCUGCUUUCAGCUGUUGGCUCGAUAACCCCUUUCCUGGAGCCCUCCCCCCGGCCCCAAACUGAAAACACUAGCUUUGUGAAUCAAAGGAGCACUUUACACACUUAUGGGAACUUUGAGAAGUUGACUUUGCAUCACACAACAACCCAGGAACAUCACGACUGUUAGGAAUGCUGUUCUUUUUAUUCCUUUCCUUGCUUCCUGGUUGUUUUAUUGCACUACGUGUGUGCGUAUAUUAAUAUGUAUUCCUAAGGGUGAAUAUAUAUUGAUAUAUAUAUAUGGUUUGUGUGUAACUGUACGUAUUUAACUGUACUGUAUCUUGUGAGUAUGAGGCAAAAAGCACUGCAGAGUCUGUGGUGUUCCUCCUCCACACCAGGCAAAGCUGACUUGCAGUCUGGCAGUACCAAGAGUUGUUUUGUUUUGGGUUUUUUUUAUUUAAAUGUUCUUUUAAGGACAGUCAAUAUAAAGCUCCAUGCUUUUUAAGAGCUCAAGAACAGGCGUUAAGAUCCUACACACUUACAAUUGGAAAUGCAUUUUUUAAGAAGUUUUAUUUGCUGCUUCAUUGUUUUUUAUAAAGAAAUCUUGUAGUGUUCAGUUUUAUGUUCAGCAUUUCUUUUAAGGAGACUCUGUAGCCAAAUGAGGCCGCGGGUGCAAGUGGCUCGAGUUCUGGUUGAGGCUUCGGAUGCCGUGAGCAUGUGCGUGAGAGGAUAGCUGGCUGCCUUUCCGUCUGUCUGCGUGCGCAUGUGUGUGUGUCUUAAUUUAUCAGAGUCGUGGCAGUAUUUUGUUAGCGCUGGGCAGAAAAGUAUCUUUGAAAGCAACUCGAAACCUCAGGCUUUGUUUUUGGGGAUCUGAAAACAUUUUGCACAUGGUGGUUAAGUCCUCAUUGCUUUUUUUUCUCUCAAUAUCGGCACGUUCAGUGUGAUACUUUACAAGGGUUUCAGGAGCAACUUAAUUGACGUUGGAGCUGGCAUCGUCUUUGGCACCAUGGGUGUUUCUGAUCACAGAGCAGAAAUGCCAGUAAAGAAAUACAAAAAUAUUUCCAAUUGCCCCAACCAGGGAAGUUUAAGUGUAGCUUUCACAAAUGCUUCAGUAUUGGGCCGCUGUUACAUCGUAUGUUCACAGCCUGCUGCUUCUGUGGCCGUUUGUGCUUGUGCCUGGGAAAAAAAGAAAAUUAAAAAAAAAAAAAGACAAAAACAACCAACCAGCCCCCCCCCAGCCUGUGGACAGAAAUGCCGAGGAGACCCAGACUGCUUCCGAAAGGCUUUUUCCAGUUCUGCAAAGGGCUAUGCUGCAGGCGGGAGCGGUGCGCUGGGAGGCAGCACGAAAGCACUAAGCCAGGACUGACUCUGCAAUACAGACGCCUGCUAGGCCCCCCGAGCCCUCCCGGCGACCCCCCGAGCGCACGCCGACAGCUCCUGCCGAGGAGAAGCACAGCCCGGGAUCCACGUCUCUGCCGCAGGUGCAAUGAUCCGUGUGUGUGGCGCGCUCAGCACUAACCUUCCAGCUGUACUUAAUUACUUGAAUGUAUCAAAAUUGUCCACAUUCAAUGUAUACAAGUAUAUAUUGCUCCAAAAAAUGGUGGUUUACAGACCGACAACCAAUAUAUAUGUAUGUGUUUGUGUAUAUACAUACAAGGAUAUGUGUGUGUGUGUGUAUGUAUAUAGAUACAAACACACAAACGUGUAUAUAUAUGUUUUCUCUCAAUACUUGAAACUUAGCCACUGUGCUUGAAUUAAAAAAAAAAAAAAACAACAAAAAAACCACACAGAAAAAAACCCCAAAAAUGAGGGGGGAAAAAAAAAAGAAAAAAAUCAGACAGGUGAUUUAUUUUGCCAUCAUUUUGGUGACUUUCUUUUUUAUCUAACUGCAUGUAGCGUGAAACCAACUUUUUUGGUGAAAAAUAUUUAUUGCUUUGUAGACAAUAAGGUAUGCAAAAAAAAAAAAAAAGAAAAUGCCCCAAAAACCAACCCCCCAACCAUUGUCGAAGUUGCUAGUGUAGUCCACCUGCUAUUGUCAUGGCUUUGUUACUGUUGCAGCGUUUGUGUGUAGCGUCUUUAAUAGAUUUCAAGAAACCUCAGUCUAAUAAACAUGUAUCUUCAGGUUUGUGAGAGCGUAUGAUGAUGUUCUUUAUAAGGUAAUGCUUGAUACUUUGUCAACAUUUUUUAUUUGUGUUUUGUGUGACUUUUUUUUGGCUUUAAAUUGUACAACACCAAUCUAAGAAAAUAAAAUUGAUUUGAAAUUGUUA